CUUUUUCCACCAAUUCAUCGACCCCGUCACGGGCCGUCCGACUAUAAAAGUCAUGCUGUAUCAAUCCACAGCUUCUCACCUUUUCUCUUGAACCAUGCUAAAUCUCACUUGGGUCCGGCGAAUUCUGCUUCGAACUGACACGCAGAAAAAGCAACCGUCGUUCCUUGAACGAAAGCUUGGCGUGUGGCGCAUACUAAUCGCCGCUGAUACAUCAUCAUCGUUCAGGCUUCCCAAUCUUCAGUUGGGUCUUUUAUCGACACAUCUCCCCCUCUUGACCCGCGCAUGCAAGGAUGUUCACGCUAUCAGCCCUACAUUGUUCUGGCUCGUGAUACUUUCACACCUCUGGUAUGCAAUUGAACCCACGCUGUCCCUUUACUUCUCAAAUCGCCUUCUACUUCUCAUUCAACGCUCUAUCUUGCAAGGCAAGGUUCAUACAAGUCUGGACACAGAUUUGUGUAUAGCCAUCAUCGCUCGGGCUUCAUGCUCUGCGUUCAGUGGAUUCGUAGGCUGGUCUUCUGUCUCGUUAGCAAAUCUUGCGCGUGAUCUAGCAACAUCUCAAGAUAACGAAGCACGUCUUACAGCCGACCCUGGGAGAGUCUUCGACUGCCUUGGACAAUUCCUCGAGUUUGGACAGGAGGUCUUUUCGUUUUUGCUCCAAUUGCGGCUAUUGCUGCAUUUUCUAGGCUCCGAAUCUGCGAGUGCUGGACCUGUUUCGAUAAUAUUGUGUUUUUUUCCCCUAUUAUUACAGAAUGUAAUGAACGACGACCUCUGGACCAAAGGUUACGUGACACAGGCAGUCAACGGCGAUUACUUGCGCAAAGAGGCUUUGUCCUUGCUUGCGGACAACACAUACAAAGCUGAGGUGAUGGGAAGCAAUUUAUUGGGCUAUCUGUUAAAAGAGUACCAGAAGGUGCAUGAUGCACUCAGUCACGUACCUAACGGGGAUGCCGAGAAUCUGUGGACACGAACAACGACUGCUCUGCCUGAUAUGUUUUCGAACCUCUGCAAUGAUGGGCCUGUCCUCUAUGUUGGGCUGUUGGCACUCAUGAAUCCAAGCCAGGUAUCUGUUGUUCAGCUGGCUAUGCUAGAACAAACUUCCGCGCGUCUUCGGUGGACGUUUUAUGUCGCCACGAGCACCAUUAGAGUUUGGCCGAGUAGAUUGGCCAGCCUGAGGAGUGUUUAUAGACUUCUCGAUCUUGAGAACAAGAUGAAAGACGGCUGCAUGCCGUAUUCACCAGCAGCUGGCGCUUCGGGCGUGUCGUUAGAAGUUCGGAACGUAUCUUUCAGCUAUCCCGGCAGCAAGUCUGAAAGAGAUGCAUUGAAAAAUAUAUCUUUUUCGAUAAAAGGAGGUCAACUGGUGGUUAUCGUCGGUGCGAACGGGUCAGGUAAAUCGACCAUACUCAAGCUUCUGACUCGCUGCUACGACACCGCAUCUGGGACUGUCUUGGUUGACGGAUAUCCCAUCCAAGACUAUCGAAUUGCAGAUUUGCGAUCGGUGACGGCCAAUCUGGCACAGGAUCAUACCAUAUUCCCCCUCUGUUUGAGAGAGAACAUCGGGAUUGGGUCACCGUCGUCUGUAACAGACCUUGACAAAAUUGCUCAAGCGGCAAAGUUAGCUGGUGCUCAGGGCAUCAUUGAGAACUUCACCGAUGGAUAUGACACCGUCCUUGAACCUGUUAAGACGGCCUAUCUCAGUUAUGCAGGGAAAGGAAAUGAGGCCUUAGAAGAGGAGUACGAGAAGAUGGAGAAAUCAGCUACCGUGUCUGGUACGUCUCGUCCUCCAAUAUGCUCCCGGACCUUUAUGCGUAUGCUACCAAGCUCUGCCCUCGACCCAGAAGGCGAGUACGAACUAUUUAAGCAACUCAGAGAAGCACGCCAAGGGAGAACCAUGAUAUUCGUCACGCACCGUUUUGGGCAUCUCACCAAAUUUGCCGAUCUCAUCUUGUGUAUGAAGGAAGGGACCGUGGUUGAGACGGGAACGCACCAGGAACUGAUGGACCGUCAGGGAGAAUAUGCCCACUUAUACAAUGUCCAAGCACAAGCUUUUACUUGAGAGUGGAGACUUAUGGAGUCCUUGACGGUUCUCAUGCAAUUGAAGCUGGUAUGCAGCCGAAAUGUGCGAUUGUGCCACCAACUUGUAGUAACUUCAAUAUACAACAUAGAUCAAGAUUUGAUGAUACCUCAAUAGAAAUUGUUUGAUUUUCCUAGGACGUUCUCCGAGUGCUGGCAUUGAGCAGCGCAACAAUUUUUUCUGUG